ACAUGACAAAGAACAUCCUCAUGGUAGUUCACCAGGUCAAGAUGAACUACAUAAUGGAACAGAUUAUCCAGAAGAAGUCACCGGGAGACCAGUAUAUGACACAGAACAUCUUCAUGGAAGUACACCGGAACACGAUGAACCACACCGUGUAACCGAGUAUCCAGAAGGAAUAACUGGAAGACCAGUAUUGGAUUCAAAAUAUCCUCAUGGCAAUUUACCAGGUCAAGAUGAGCCACACCGUGGAACUGAAUAUCCCGAAGAAGUUACUGGAAGACCAGAAUUUGAUUCAAAGUAUCCUCAUGGAAGUACACCGGAAGAUGCUGAGUCGCACCGUGGAACAGAUUAUCCAGAAAGUUUUACUGGAAGACCAACACUUGACACAGAACAUCCUCAUGGUAGUCCAUUAGAUCACGAUGAAUCAUAUAGUGGAACUGAAUAUCCAGAAGGAGUUACUGGAAGACCAACACAUGACAAAGAACAUCCUCAUGGUAGUCCAUUAGAUCACGAUGAACCACAUCGUGGAUCUGAGUAUCCGGAAGGAGUUAGUGGAAGACCAACACAUGACAAAGAACAUCCUCAUGGUAGUCCAUUAGAUCACGAUGAACCAUAUAGUGGAACUGAAUAUCCAGAAGGAGUUACUGGAAGACCAACACAUGACAAAGAACAUCCUCAUGGUAGUCCAUUAGAUCACGAUGAACCACAUCGUGGAUCUGAGUAUCCGGAAGGAGUUAGUGGAAGACCAGUACUUGAUUCAAAGUAUCCACAAGGAAGUACACCAGAUGAUAGUGAACCACACCGUGGAACAGUUUACCCAGAAGGAAUCACCGGUAGACCAGUACACGAUUCAAAACAUCCUCUGGGAAGUACACCGGAAGAUGAUGAACCACACCGUGGAACAGAUUAUCCAGAAGAAUUAACUGAAAGACCAGGAUUUGAUUCAAAGUAUCCACAAGGAAGUACAGCGGAGCACGAUGAACCACAUCGUGGAACCGAUUACCCAGAAGGAGUAACUGGAAAACCUAUACAUGACACAGAGCAUCCUCAUGGUACGUCACCAGGUCAAGAUGACCUACAUCGUGGAACAGAUUACCCAGAAGGAGUCACCGGCAGACCAGUUCACCAUCCAAAAUAUCCACAGAGUGGCAAUACGGAAGAUGAUGAACCACACCGUGGGACAGAUUAUCCGGAAGGAGUUACUGGCAGACCAGUACAUGAUACAGAGCGUCCUCAUGGUAGUCCAUUAGAUCACAAUGAACCACACCGUGAAACUGAUUACCCAGAAGGAUUAACUGGAAGACCUGUAUUUGAUUCAAAAUAUCCACAGAGUGGCAAACCAGAAGAUGAUGAACCACACCAUGGAACAGAUUACCCAGAAGGAGUUACUGGUAGACCAGUUCAUGACACCGAGCAUCCGCAUGGUAGUCCAUUAGAUCACAAUGAACCACACCAUGAAACUGAUUACCCAGAAGGAUUAACUGGAAGACCUGUAUUUGAUUCAAAAUAUCCACAGAGUGGCAAACCAGAAGAUGAUGAACCACACCAUGGAACAGAUUACCCAGAAGGAGUUACUGGCAGACCAGUACAUGACGCAGAACAUCCUCAUGGUAGUCCAUUAGAUCACGAUGAACCACAUCGAGGAACAGAAUAUCCAGAUGUA